AUGCUCCCAUCGCAAGGCUUCGCACUGAUUUGCUACGUAUUGACGUAUGUUCGCUACGUCAAGGACAACUCCAUCAUGAACGUUCUACUAUCCGUCUUGAUCGUUGUUCUCUCGCAAGUAAUACAACAGAUGGUCACUCUGUACUACAGUAAGUGCCAAGGCUCAAACCAAGGGCCCAAUCCCGAGCUACCCACAAUAUUUAAAGUGAUUGUGAAAGGCCUCAGGUACUAUCAGGCGGUGUUCUUGUUGCAGUUUGUGAAUGCUUUGCUCUACCACUUACGGUUCGACAUUGAAAAAGAUGUAUGUUCCUGGAAGCACGGCUAUAUAUUCACCGAUAUUAUCGGUGAAUUCGAUUGCGGCCGAGGGGGAAAAUGGCCAGUUUUUGCUCUCGAUGUGUGUCUGCUGCUUUCGCAGUUAUUGGCAUUUAAUGAGAGCUUCAGCGUAUGUGGAAGGGCCCUGGAUGACGUCGAACGAGAAACGAGCCUCGAAGGUUUCAACUCUCAUGAUUAUGGAAUUUUGAGCAUCCUGCGAUUUGAUUCGGUUAGCACGCAGGCCCAUGAGCUAAAAUUCUCGAAUGAAGGGCGAAUUUUGGGCGCUAAUGUCGAUAACUCCUAUGGAACUAUAGUGGCACGUGAUGUAUAA